AUGCGUCAUGUUGGCCAUACUGUCAGAGACGACGUCGAUGGGGCGGCUGGCGCCCCGGGCUUCAUAUGGUUCCGCGAAACUCAGGUAUUGAGAGCCUUUGGACAAAUCUACCACACUUUUCCCAUUCAUUCGCUCGGCAUUCGCACGAAGAUCAGCAAUGGGGACAGUGGCGUUGACGAAGUCGAUCAAGCGCCAACAUCUGAACCAGAAUUCGAUAGCGAUACUUGGGAUGCAGAGCGAUGGCGCAACCGGCACAAGCAUCGGACACGCCAUUUAAGCACCACGAAGCCCGAUGCUACAGCCAAUCCACUAAGCGGCGCAACACCACAAUAUAUUUGUUCGAAUGAUCAGAUCUUCCAACGACCACCAACAGAGCAGCAUUAUGGUCAGGAAUUUGAGCAAUACAUUGGUACUUACAAGGUGCCGCGAAAUGCAACGGACUUCGUCCGCGAUGUGGCAGCGUCAGACCAAGCCACAGUCGAGCAGUCCUCGACAUCGUCGGAGAUGCUGGGGGUGAAAACGGAGUUCGUUAAUGACACUCUUACUGAACAGCACAUAGCUACACGCCAGCGAGAGGAGGGUACAUGCAGAUGA